CACAUAGAUGCGAUGGAAAGUCGGGGGCUGUUCUGCACCUUUUGUUACCUGAUGUUCAACGCUCCUCUGCUCUUCAUUGUGACCGCUACCUUUACUGAAGUUCCCAAAGAUGUGACUGUUAGGGAGGGAGAUGAUAUUGAGAUGCCUUGUGCUUUCCGAGCCAGCGGAUCCACCUCUUACUCCUUGGAAAUCCAGUGGUGGUACCUUAAAGAACCAGCCAGAGAACUUGCACACGAAUUAGCCAUCAGUGUCCCCGGCAGCAGGAGCAAGGUAGCAAAUAAGGAUGCAACCAAAAUCAGCACGGUCCGCGUCCAGGGCAACGACAUCUCGCACCGGCUGCGCCUGUCGGGCGUGCGGCGGCAGGACGAGGGCGUCUACCAGUGCCGCGUGUCGGACUACAGCGACGACGAGACGCAGGAGCACAAGGCUCAGGCGCUGCUGCGCGUCCUGUCCCGCUUCGCCCCGCCCGACGUGCAGGCGGCCGAGGCGGUGUCGCACAUCCAGAGCGGGGCGGCCCCGCGCCGCCACGGCCCCGCCGCCCGCCCCACGCCGCCGCCCGGCCCCGCCAAGCGCCCGCCGCCGCCGCCGGCCCCCGCCCCGGGCGGCACCGCCCCGAGCGCCGCUGCCACCGCCGCCACCGCCACCGCCUCGACGGCCGCCGCCGCAGCCUCCUCGGCCUCGCCGCCGCCCGGGCAGGCCGCCAUCCUCCGCCAGCAGCACGGGUCAGGUACAGGACCUAUUUAUGCUACAGACCCACUCCUAUACAUGUCCCUGUUAAUACUGCAUAAGCUUGUACAUUUAUUAGUAAACCACUGACGGACUGCUCCCUCCACUCCUCCUCAGCCAAACAGAAAGGAACCUAUUUAAUAACAAACAAAAUCCCUACAAAGAAAUCCCUACCAUUUUAAAGAUGGACAGAAAGAGACUGAAAGAAGCAUGAUAAAUUCUACAUGGGGGGAAAAACAUAUUUUUGGGGAUGCCACAAGAAAGUAAACCACAUAGAAUAAUG